CGUCUUAGCCAAAAUCUUUCUACGUAUUGUAUAACAGAAUUCAACCCUGAAAUAUUACUCUCUUCGAUAAAUGUACGUAUGGCAUGAAGUCCUUCGGUUAUAUCCGUUUCUGGAGUAACGCUGUCAUGGGGCAGGCCUGGCUGUGGUGGUAGGUGGGGAAGGGCCAUUAUCAUUUUCACAGCCAUCUUCAUUUCUGGGUUGUGAAGGAAUUCACCUGCCAAUCCUUGAUGUAUUACUUGUCUCCAUAUGGCCUGUAAAUGAAAUAUAUAUAACAUUUAUAUAUUAUGUCUCAAUAGUGACUAAUCAUUGGUUAACACAUGUUAGGUACAGUAGAACACCAAUUAUCCGAACUCCGUCUAUCCGAAUCGCUUUCAGGAUUCCAUAUAAGAUGCGUAGGAACGUGGGAUGAUGAGUCACCGUCUCAUAGUUCUAUUAUUGGCUGUCGUGCGUCGCCAGGUGGCCAGCCUUGCCCAUCUUUCACUGUGGGCUGAGAUGUACGGUGUUGGACAAUCAACGAUUUCAGACAUUAAAAGGAGUAAACCUACACUUUUAAACUUCGUGUCAGUGAUUGAAAAUGAAGAUGGAAGUUCUUCAAGAAAAUCAAUGAAGGCAGCAACCAACAAAGAUUUAGAAAAUGCGGUUUUCAUGUGGUUAUUGCAGCAAUGUUCUGUGGGAAACCCAAUUUCAGGCCAAAUUCUUUGUGAAAAAGCUAAAAUCUUAGCUGAGAAGCUUGGUUGUUCAUCCUUUAAAGCAAGUAACGGCUGGAUAAGGAAUUUCAAGUCCAGGCACGGUAUCCGUGAAUUAGAUUUAAGUGGCGAGAAGUUGUCAGCAAAUUCCAAAGCUGCAGAUUUUAUUGAAAAAUUUAAAGUUGUAGCAGACUCCUACAGUCCUGAGUUUUUGUACAACGCCGAUGAAACAGGUCUUGUUUGGAAAGCUCUGCCUAAAACAACUUUAGCAUCUAAAAGGGAGUAUAGUGCUCCAGAACAUAAAGUUAGUAAAUACCAUGUUACGGUGCUUAGAUGUGCGAACUCUACAGUAAGCCAUAAAAUACCCCUUCUGUUGAUAGGGAAGUCAAAAAGCCCAAGAGCAUUUAAAAAUGUGAAAAAGCUUCCCCUCUGUUAUAAAAACCAACCCAAGGCUUGGAUGACUGCAACAUUGUUUACCGAGUGGUACGACAAAAUUUUCAUUCCUGAAGUGAAAAAACACCAAAUAUCUCUUGGAAAAGAAGGUAAAGUGCUUUUGAUUGUUGAUCAUGCACCAACUAAUCCCACCACAGAAUUGUUGGAAAGAGGGAAUGGCCAGUUUAAAGCAAUUUUUUUACCGCCAAAUGUCACAAACUUGUUGCAACCAAUGGACCAGUCUGUUAUCGAAACCAUGAAACGCUAUUAUAUAAGGCAACUUUUAAGGAAACUUUUGUUAGAGGGCGAAGACAAAGAGGGUGUGUGUGAAAACCACAAAAAAUAAAUUUGAAAGAUUGCACUUAUAUGGUGGAGGAAGCUUGGAGCUUGGUUAAGCAAGUCACAUUAAGACGUGCGUGGAACAAGUUGAAAGGCAUAGAAGCUCAAGAAAAGGAAAGGGAAGAGACAGGAGAAGAUGAGGAUGACAUGUCACUUGAGGAAUUCAGAAAAUUUAUUUUGAAAAUGCCUGGAUGUUCAGACGUUAGUGCUGAAGAUAUAGGAGAGUGGAUGGUGUGUGAUUCGUCAGACCCUGGGUUUCAAAUUCUAAAUGAUGAUGAACUUGUUGAAAGUGUGAGAGAAGAAAUUGUCGAGGAAGAAAAUGAACUUAAUGUCGAAGUUGAAGCAGACAUGGGACCAUCAGCUAGUGAAGCAUUUGCCGGCCUUGAAACUGCAGUGGAUGGAGCGUCAGCCCGAGUGUGACCACAUGCAACUUCUCACUGUCAAGCGGAUGCGCGACUUGGCUGCCCGAAAACGGAUGAAGACACUCAAACAGCUUACUUUGACUGAGCUGUUCAACAAACAAUGACUAUUUUACGGUACGUACAUACAUACGUACUAUGUAAUGUACAGCACUUGUAAUGUACAAGGUACAUACAUAUGUAUGUACAUAGUAUGCUUAACACGUAAAUGUAUUUCAUUUUAAUCUAAUUAAUUAAAAGCUCUUUUUCUUUAAAAAAUAGUUUUUUCUCCCAUUUUAACAACAAUAAUUAAUUAAUUAAAACUACCCCUUUUUUCGGAAAAAAUCCAAAUAUCCGAAUUUUUGAUUACCUGAAUGGCGUCCGGUCCCAAUUGAUUCGGAUAAUUGGAGUUCUACUGUACUAUAAAUAUAUAUAUUCUGGACUUGGAUGACCAACUUUAGCGGGUCGUUCAUCACUGCAAAAUAAAUUGAAAGCCUCUAAACCUAUUAUGGUCUUAAGUCCUUUGCAAAGCUGGUAUACGUCUUUGAAGUUGCAGGUGAAAACAACUGGCCAAAGUGUUUUUGAUCGAACACUGAGCGUCCAGACUUUAAUUGAACUGUGAUUCGAUAACCAAUGCGAUUUUUGUCACAGCAGAGAAAUUAUAUCAUUGAUAUAUUUGGAGAGUAGUAAUAUUCAACCAAAAUAUGUGUAAAAUAAGAGUGUUACCAAUAGUCUUUCAGUUACAUUAUUUUGCUUCCACGUCAAAAAUUAGUUAAGGUUUCAGUAUUUCGUAACAUCAAACGUAAUUCGGACGCUCUGUUUCUUGCCUUUAGUAUUUUAUCUAAUCAUUAACAAAAAGUUUAUCGCAAUCUUCAAAGACGUAUGUCAGCUUUAAGAAGCUCUUUAGAACAUACGUGGAAUAGUGGUUAAAAAUAUAUUUUGUUGUCAUGAACAAUCAGCCGAAGUUUGUAGGGGAGAUUUAAACUGAACCUGUGUGUAUUUGUGUAUAUAUUGAAUGUGGUAUUUUUUAAUAAUAAUAUUAUUUCCAUAUCCAGUAGAUAAUGUUUAAACUGAGUAAGCUAGGCAUUUUGUCGCACAUUGUUGUAAAAGUAUUAAAAGAAGCAACUUUUUUAUUUUGUACCAAUAUAUAGUUUUACAAUGCUGUGACAAAUUGUGUAAAAUAAUGAGUGAUGUAACCCUUAAAGAGCAACUACAAUGUUUUAAGAUAAAAUGGGUAGGUUUGAUAUUCUGUACUGCUACAAAUUAUGAAAAAGAAACAUCAUAAGUUUCGUAAAUACAAAGUUAGUCAUGCAUUUCAUUGAAAGGAUUAACAUAGCUUAGUACGCAAACGUAAAAAAAAAGAUUGUGGUGAUAUUAUUCCUAAUAUACUAGAUACAUAUUUGAUUACACAAGUAUUUUGUGCAUAUGAACGAUACUACAUAAAUAAGCAUAUACACACAAGCACAUGUAAAAAGGGUUCGUAUCAUCCUCGCAAACACACAUCGCCAAGUAUCCCCACAUACGUAGCCUACAUACGCAUAAAACACAGACUUCCUACAGACACACGUGUAUAUGAAAUCAUUCAAUCCUUGUAUCUUUCCUAACUAAUGGUGAGAACGAAUUAAAUUUAUACUACCGAUCACUGAAGACCAAUUGAGAAAUCCGCUAAAUCUUUCAGGCCACCUAGAACAUCCAUGGUGUUAUAAACAUGGUCAUGUGUCAGUGAAAUAAUGGUAAUGCAAUUAUUUAAUGUGUUCGCUUCUAAUAAAAGAUCUGGAUCCUACUCGGAAUCGAGAUGGCCUUGAUGUUUUAACUACAACACACACAUGGAUUUUGUUAAUGCUUUUGUGUAUGCACAUUUGUAUUUGUAUAAACAAAUGUAGGUAAAUAAGAACGCAAACAAGUAACCUUCAUGUACAGAAUUCAACAUAGAAACAACAAUGUGCAUGCUGAAACAUAUUUUAUAAAUUUAUUUGAACUCAAAAGUUGUAUGCAGUAUAGCUUACUUGGCAGAAGUGAAACCAGCAACCGAGCAGCCUAACUCCAGGAUACGUCACUCUUAUCGCUCGGCGUAGCGCCACUUCGAAGUCGCACAUUACUAGAACAAUCUCCCACUGCUCUGUUACUUCCUUGAAGUGUGCAAGGACACCAACAUAAGCUGCCUCUGUACGUGAGCACAUAAGUGCGAAAAGGAUGGGGAAGGCCUGGAAAGGAACACAGAAAACCAUAUAUGUUAAGUAAUGUCAACCUUCCAAACAAAGACAUUAGUAGUUUAAGGACUCUACUAACAUAGGCGUGAAUGUAUUUAGAUAAAAUAUAAAAUUCAUAGCAUUUAUACAUAUAAGAAAGACAAAAGAAUAAGGUUUACAAUUCCAAAGUGAAUAACUUUACAUUUACACACUGCCUCGUCAGUCAUAGACGCAGAAUUCUAAGUUGUAUUUUAAGGUUUGGAAUGAAGGCAGUUUCUAGAGAUAUUUGUAUGAUUGUAAAGAAACAGUGCUUGGUUUCUUUUUCAUAUUUGGUUUAUAAUUUUAACAUGUUUGUAGAUCUCAGCAUGAACCAUUAAACCUACAAUUAUAAUUAUAAGCAAUAAACUUGAAAACAUAGGGCGUAUAGUCUAAAAUAUGAUCUAGAAAAAUAAAGAUAACGACCACAACGUUCUUAGAGUUUGAUCAGACGAGACAUAAAUCUGAUAUAGCCAUAAUAUUUGCUGUAUUUUUUCCACUUCAUAGGCAGCUUACAUUGAUUCAAAAAUAUUUUUAGACGUGGCUGUGUAUAGGCUUAAUAGAACACCGUAGUAUGUGUAUACAAAUGCACUAAGUAUCAAAUUGAAGAACAAAGUAUUCAAAUAUACUCAAAUAUACUGGUCAAACAUUAUGUCUCACAAACGAAAAUGUGCAAAUAAUGCAAGCAAUAGUGUGACACAAAACUUGUAACACAUUGGUAUUGAUAUAAGUACAAGCCAUACUAACUUUGCCUGAUUAAGUUUUAUAAUUAUUAUUAAAUGGAAUCAGAUGACAUAGCAAUGUUCUUUACUGAACUGAAUGGGUAAAAUUACCCACUUAAAAUUUUGUUUAGUUUAAAAAAAUAUGUUUGGUCAAAAACCCACUUAAAUCAAUAUAUAAUGGCUUUUUAAAAGAGAAAAACUAAAAUUCAAAUGUUUGUCAUGAACGCAUAAACGAGAUCUGUGAAGCAUCAGCUAUUGUCUCGCUCUUUCUGUGAAGGUCUUCGGCUCAAUGAGAGAGCCAAAGUAACAAAUCGCAGGUUGUCCAGUGUUGACAUUUGUGAUAUCAAUCAGAUAACUGUGGAGUCUUUCUAGAAGUCACUGAACCCUCGAAGUUUCCGGUAACUACGGCAUGGUGAAAAAUAUUGUUUUACGUGGAAAAAGCAACUUAAUCUUUACUCUAGAUUUGUUUGCAUGAAUGUUAAACACGCUUGCUGGGACAGUUGGCACCGACUCUCUUCGUUUGCGUGCCAUGGUUUGUCAAACCGAACUGAAGGGGAGUAGUGUCGCACUUUCAGGAUUUCUGUAAAAUUUAUAUACAAUUAACAGUAACUUACAGAUAUAGUGAUUAUGAUUAUUACAAAACAAUUUUUUUGCAUCCGUGAAAAAAAUCAUGUUGGCAUUCUAAGAAUAUAUUUUUUCCUAACAUGCAAUGGUCACAGAUGAGGAUUCAUAUUUCUCACGAGGUUAUUAACCACGAUUGUGUGAGCUUUUCUUUCACUAAAGUUUGGAAUGAGUAUUUUUAAUACAGCGUAGUUAGUUUCAGGCCCAUCACGGACUUUCCAUAACAUCGAUACUGUGUUCUCAUGGGUGCUUUCGCCAAUCGGAGACAGUUACAAAAGAACACUGUCACCAAGCAUGAACAAAAUACUUAUAAGCUUUAUAAACAAAAAGAUUUUCCCAUGAAACUUCGCCGUGGAAAAAAAUGCUAUUACUAAUGGUGAUUACAAAUUCAAAUAAUGAUCCUUCUUAAUAUUUGCAAUAACUAUUCACAGCAUAAUCUAUGCUUGUAAAUAACUAUCAAAUACUGCAAUUCACACACUUAAUUAAAAAGUAAUUGCCUUCCAUGACCAAAAUAUGUCUAUGUAUAUAGUUACCUCUCAACUUCGUCAUUGUAUAUCAUGGCAUGUGGGAGAGUGGUUUAUACCCUAGAUCUUUGUGAUAACACUUUUCGGAAUUCUGAUAACUUCAGAGACUGAGGGUUCGGGCCAUGGUUGUGAGACCCACUGCUUAGGGUGGAUUUGAUGGGCGACCCGUCUGCCAGCUUCACACUGGCAGGGGCUCGACACCCAACUUCGUACUUGGCACACCUUAGAAACCUGUGGAAAAUAUAAGUUCUGUUAUUAUUGUAAUGCUAGUUUUUCAGUGAACUUACAUUCAUAUAUCUUGAGAAGCUAUCAAGGCCCAGUGCAAAAUUUCUACUGUACAUUUCAGUUCAUAAUAACUAGCACACUAAAUAUGAGACGAUUUCAGUCCAAAAUCAUACCCUUCAAUGCACCAUUUUUUAAUCACUUUAGACCAUGAUCAAAGAUUGACAUGGCGAAGAUGAAAACAACUAUGCUGAAAAAUAAAUUAGGCAAAUUUUGUAUUUACAUUAUCUGGACAUGUAUUACCCAUGCCAACUUUAAAAACUCCACCUGUGAGCAACUGAUGUCAUUGAGAAAGGAAAUGAUUAACGAUUUGGUGUGAUGAAUAUUAGGCUGUAGUAUGCGCGUAUUUUGUAAUAUUAUGUAAUACUUCUUAAUAUUUGUUUAUUAAAUUGUAAAUACUAGUAACAAUGUCCAUAUUGUUUACAUUUGUCAAAAUUUUGUACGUAGAUUACACUAACUAGAUGCACUCACACACAAGCUUUUUUUUGUGAAUGCUACAUUUUCCUGUUUAGUUGAGUGAAUUGUAAUAAAUAUGCAUUCAAAAAAAGGAAAUACAAAUUCAUAAGAAUUUAUUUAUAAGAAAGAAUUAAAUGUUAUUACCUUAGUCGCUGUACAUUAUCAGUGUGGUGAAUAAAGCGCUCUCCUUGCACAUACAUAAUAAAUUUACAUAUUUGACAGCGUUUGUAUGGCCAGAAUUAUCUUUCGAGGCUCCUCAUAAGACGAGCCCACUAACGCGCUAAACUUCAGAUAUGACGCAAGGGUCAGUGAUACAAUCUUCCCUGUUACUACAGUAAGUUCCUUUUCACAAUGUUUAUAGCCAAGAAGUUGUAACUGUUUCUGUAGUUGGAGAACACUUGCCUAGAACCGUAUGGUGUAUAACAUUGUAAAGUAAUAUACAUUUAUAUUUUGUAAUGGAAAUUGCUCAACCUACUAGGCUACUGGUAAUAAUUUACUGUCAGUUUCAAAAUGUCUGUUUAGUAAAAAAAAAUAUCAUUGCGUCACCUGUCUCCAUAAAUCACUUUGAAAAAUACUUAUUUAAAGUAUUCUUCGAUGAUUCCUACACAAUUUCCGUACAUAUGAUUAUCCAUACCUACCUUAACAGAAUAAGCCGAAAACAGUUAGUAGGCCAAAAUAUAACUGUCUCGAAACGAAGAAAAGUGUCUUAGUUUUCGAGUUAUGAACUUUUUAUCCCAAAGAUUUUAAACUAUCCACUCUGCUCAAAAUAUUACAUACUGUAAAUUUCUUUGCAAUGCUUAAGCGGCAAAUAUUGUCUUCUAAAUUUGACAAGUGGUGUUGUAAAUAAAUGCACUCUGCAAACUGCACAAUUUAUUUCAAAACGUCGCUACCUAAAGUAAUAUUUCAUAAUGUAGCAACAAUGAUUACUUCUUUGAAAAAUAUGACAUUGGUAUUUUUUAAAUAAAACAUUUAUAAAUAAUUUUGUUUCAGUGAUAGAUAAUGAGGAAUACUAAUAACAGCUCGAAUUCAGUUAUUCUGAGUGAGAUAAACUAUGAGGUCAUUUGACAUGAGUUAUUGAGACAGUCUGCUCUGUCGAUUGGCAUCACUACUUGUCACGCUCUUAUUUAGGUAAAAUUACGUAUUUAUUCACUGUCAGUUUCAUACAGACAACAUGAAAUAGAUCAUACAGCUUUUAGAUUUUAAUAAAAAUUACAAUUUUUUUUUAUAAUUUUUUAAAUAGGUUACAGGUAGUUAAUUUUUGCACUGAGAAAAAAUAUUGUAACAGGAACCAGAUUUUGAUUCUUCCAAUCAUCCAAUAUUGUUAACAUAGUGACAGCUAUCCGAUGGGUUAUGGUUACUAUCUCAAUAUAGUAAAUGAAGAUAGUAAUACCAGCAAAUGAGGUUAUAUGUUACCUGUACAAAGUUGAAAAGCACUGUCAACAACCCUGCUCUAUAGUAUUAGCAAUCUCUACUUAUUGCCCCUAACAACACAGUAUAUUAACUUUAACUUUCUGUUCUGUAGCCGUAACAGUGAUGUGUAGUACUUCUAGCAAUGCAGUAUUUUAGAUUUAACAAUCUGUGCUGUUACCUUAACAGUGAUGUGUAGUACUCCCAGCAAUACAGUAUGAUAAUUUUAGCAAUUUGUUGUGUUUCUUAAACAGUGAUGUGCUUUACUUCCAACAAUAGUGUGUGGUAAUUUUAACAAUCUGUUCUGUUGUUUUUUCCAUGCUGUGUAGUGCAUCCUGCAGUACAGUGUGGUAAUUUUUGCUAUCUGUUCUGUUGCCUUAACAGAGAUAUGAAGUACUCCCAGCAAUAAAGUAUGGUAGUUUUAAUAAUCUGUUCUGUUGCCUUAACAGUGAUGUGCAGUACUCACAGCAAUGCAGUAUGGUAAUUGUAAUAAUCUUUUCUGUUACCUUAACAGUGAUAUGAAGUACUCCCAGCAAUAAAGUAUGGUAGUUUUAAUAAUCUGUUCUGUUGUCUUAACAGUGAUAUUAAGUACUUCCAGCAAUAAAGUAUGGUAAUUUUAAUAAUCUGUUCUGUUGCUGUAGGCUAGUGAGAAAUGAUAAAACACUUCCUUUACAUUAACAUCAGCCUUUAUUCCGCCAUCUUGCAUAUUACACUGGUGCCAACCUUGCACUCGUUGCCAUACCAACCUGGGUAGCCGAAGGUUCACAGAUAUUUCUCGACAUGUAGUUCGGGUGGAAUCGUGUGGUUCCGGAUUUUUUUUCUUCAACAAAAAAAAAAGUUUAUAAACAAUUGUGUCCCAUGACAUCUCACGUAAAAUAUUUGUAAUACAUCGUUAGCAUGGAGAGAUUUGAUAAUAUUUUACCAAAUAUUUGAUUGAACUUUCAAGUAAGAAAAUAUUUUUCUAGUCAAGUUAUAUGAUUAUUGUUUUUUGUUUAUUGUCCAUUUACACAUUGCUAGUGAAAUAUGCCUACGAUUCAACUGUGUUGUGUAUCAAUAUUGUCUAAAAAUUUAAUACUGAGGGUUAAUUUUUUUGUUUCAGAUUGUUUGUGGAGAUUCAGCAUAUGUUCAAGAGCAGUUGAGUGCAUUCAAGCGAUAAUAUUUAAAAGUAAAUUUUGCCGGGGCUGAAUUAUUCAGGCAUAUGGAGAAAUGAACACUAGCUUUCCAUCAACUGCAGUGGAUACCAUGUGUAAAUUAGCAAGGAUUUAUUACUAGUGCAGUGUCUUAUUUAAUAACAUUGUAUUUAUAAUAAAAUUUUAAGAUGCCUAUUUGAAUAAAAAUGUUUAUCAAAAUA